GGAAGGGAUAAAUGCAUGCAAAGGGAGACGAGACUGUAGGGCUGCUUGAAACUCUGCUACAAGUCUGCAGAUGGAGGGAGGACUGUGUUAUUCACUCUAGGUUCCUUUUUCCCCCCUUUCCAUCCUCAGCAUGCAUGGCUUUUGUCUCUAGGAGAGAGGACACAGGCUGAUGCAGAGAAAAGCAUUUAUAGCCUUUUGUAGCAGUGGGCCACUCAGGCUGCAGCCUGCAUGAGACUGUGCACUGCUUUAUUGAUUUUUACUACACUGAAGGAAGAGACUCAUUGAUCAGACACUCAAAAGACUCUGGAAGUUAAACUUCGUGUUAUUUUCUGGCCACACUGGACUGAGAAUUUUAAGACUUUAUAUACUAAACAUCACUGGGGUGACGCUUCUUUUUUUAAAGUCAACUCACACUCUUGGAGGUAAAAAAAAAAAAGCUGAGUUUGCCUUUAAGUGCACGGAGAAGAGAGGCAGCAUGGUGCAAAAGAUGAGCCACACAGAGAGCACCGCGGAGGCGCUUUCCUCCUUCUUCAGUGGGGAUUCGAGCUCCGGGGCGUGCAUGGAUUUGGACCCAGCUGCCUCGCCUCUCUCCCCGGGCUCCACAGCCUCCUCGACCGCUGGGGACAAGCUUGGAGACAACCCGGCGUGGUGUAAAACUCCAAGCGGCCACAUUAAGAGACCCAUGAACGCCUUCAUGGUGUGGUCCCAAAUCGAGAGGAGAAAGAUUAUGGAGCAGUCUCCAGACAUGCACAACGCCGAGAUCUCCAAGCGGCUGGGGAAGCGAUGGAAGCUCCUCAGAGACAGCGACAAGAUCCCCUUCAUCAGGGAGGCGGAGCGGCUGAGGCUCAAGCACAUGGCGGACUACCCCGACUACAAGUACCGGCCCAGGAAGAAGGUGAAAUCGAGCACUUCCAAGCCGGGGAGUGGCGGGGAGAAGGGGGAGAAAGUUAACUCGAACACCACCAGCACUAAGUCGUCCUCAUCUUCGAGGAAGAACGGAUCCAAAUCACCCAGCAGCAGCAGCAAAGCCCAUAAAUCACUUUUCGGGAGCAGCAGUAGCACCAAAGCCUCACUGUUGAACUCUGAGCAGACGACAGAGCACCACCACAACUCCCUCUACAAGUCCAAGUCAACAGCCAAGCAGGUACCGGAGGGAAAGAGGGCUAAGCGGGUGUACCACGUCUACGGGGGCGGCUUGAGCAUCAGCCCCGCGUCCUCAGUCACAGUCCCUGCCAGCCCCACGCUGAGCAGCUCGGCGGACUCCAGCGACCCCCUCAGCCUUUACGAGGACGCGGCCAGCGGCAGGGAGGAGGGCGGCGAGUCCCCGGGCAGCAGCAGCGGCAGCCUGGGCGGGUCCUCGGAGCGUCACGGCGGGCAGACAUACAGCAGUCGGCGGGCUUCCUCCCCUACACCCUCCGGCUCUCACUGCUCCGCCUCCUCGUCGUCGUCUUCCUCCUCGGAGGACGAAGAGUUCGAGGACGACUUGCUCGACAUGAAUCCGAGCCCCAACUUUGACAGCAUGUCGCUGGGGAGCUUCGGCUCCUCGGUGCUGGACAGGGACUUAGAUUUGAACUUUGAGUCCGGCUCCGGUGGCUCCCACUUUGAGUUCCCCGACUACUGCACGCCUGAAGUUAGCGAAAUGAUUUCCGGGGACUGGCUGGAGUCCACCAUUUCCAACUUGGUGUUCACGUACUGAGAACGAAGUGGGGCACGCCGACAACCACACACAGCCCCCGGGGUUCCGGACACGAGUGGACGGGAAGCUCCUGCAAUGUCUCCGAACUAGCAGACAAGUAAGAACCCACUCAAACAUAGCGCCCUGGUGUCUCUUCUCGGCUGCAAGUGCUUGGAAAGCUCAACUUUUAAAGUGGAAAACGAGCCUUUUGACGGGCAACUUCGCUUUGGAUGUGCGGACCGUGGAGGGCCGAAUAACAGGCCAGCAUGGAGAGGUGCAAAACAAGAGAGAAGGGAAGAAAUGUGACACUGGUUCGGUUUCCUGUUGAAGGAACCGCUCGGUGGUGAACUGGUUGACCCGAACAACUUUACUGUGAUUGAUUUGCACGUUAUGCGGUCCGCGGUUCACUUAAUCAAUGUUGUUGCUGAUCUAUUUCUAAAGGGACAUUUCUCACAGCUUUUUACCGAUUUGCCAAGUGAAUUUCACCACUAAAAAGGUACACAACUUGCUAUCCUUUUUUUUUUUUUUUACUGUGGUGUGUCACUGAGGGAUUUUUUUAAAAUGAAAAGAGGUGGGUUGAUGUUUUUUUUAAGUUUAUUUUCUCAAUGCAAAAAAACAAAACAACAAAAAAAGUUAAGCAUGAUAGCCUACUUUGUUCCUAUCUUGUGCUAACAUUUGAUGUGAGACUGUCAAAGCAGUUACAAAUCUAGUAUUAGGUUUACUUAAAAGAAUAGAUAGCCUCAUUUCAGUUUCUCUCUUUUUAUUUUUACGAUAAAAGGACACUGAAAUAAUCACCAGCUGUUUUAAUAUUUCAAACUUCAGGAUUCAAACGCAACUACAAAUCAGUGCUGAACUUUAUACUUGUGUUAUUUACUAUUCAGGACCAAAUUUAUCAUUUUUAGAUAAAAGCUUCACCCAUUGUUUUCAUCACCAGAGAUUUGUUUUGUACAUGUAUCCAGAUGCCAUUUUGUAUGGGAUGUUGUAUUUAUAUACAGGGCCAAGCAUUUUUGACUGUUGAUUUCUUGUAAAGUCCUGUUUUGUUUUUUUUUUCUCACAAUUAUUUGUCAGUUUGUCAUGUUUUCUUCUCAGGCGAAGGGCUAGACUUUUAAAAACACACAACCUUGAUUUCUUUUUUAUAUUUAAAUGGACACACUUUUGGACACUUAAAAGAUAGGAAACAGUUUGAUUUAUUUUCUCAGUGUAUUUUUGUACAAAUCUAUAUGGAGAAGGAGGAGUCAACAAUCGAUGUGUGUAGCCUAGCCUAUACUCAUUCAGCUGCAUUGGUUUUCCUGAGUUAAAACCUUGAUGGCUGGUUUUCAUGCUGCUUUCACGUGCUGUUGGAAAGCUCACACUUACUCUUUUGUUGAAUUGCCAGUUCAUGUACUGCAUCUUUGCAAGGGGAGCCAGCAAAACGACCUUAGUACACUGUGGUGGUCAUUUGUUGACAUCUGAUUGAUUAUUCAUUUGGCUUCUUUUCUUUUUUUAAGUAUCACCAGCAAUUAAGAUGUCCAUGAUGUCAAAAUUUUAAACAUAUCCAAAUCUGAUAUUGUCAAUUAGGUUUUACCAUUCAUGUAUACACUGUACAUGCAAUACCAGUUUGCCCAAUAGCACAUGAAGGCAGCACCAGUCUUUGUGUCAGACUACCUUCUACGUUUACAGUGCCCGUCUGCAGGCUUCGUAAAGACACAUGAACUGAUUAUUGCCAGAGGCUAUUCCUGUGGAGUAUGUGGUUUUAACAGUCACUCUCUGAAGCAGCCACUUUUUUUCCUCAACAUUUCUCUCUGAUAUCUUGCCUACGAAAACAAACGAGGAGAUUGUAGCUUUAAAUUUGACUUAUUUCUUGAUGUUUUCAUGAACUGAUGUCAAACUCAUCCACCAGCCACUGGAUCGAAUAGGCUAUCUUUUAAGAAAGCAAACAAGGAUGAUAACAUCAAGCUUAUUCAAAUUUCUGACUUGAGUUCCGCAACAUCUACUUGUACUGCGUUUCUCAUUGUAUUUGAAUAUAUAAUCUUUUCUACUUGUUGGCUAACUAUUAGAUAAUAAUUGUUUAGUAACUUUAUGGCAUGGUGAAUAGCAUUUGUAUUUCGGAUUCAGGUUACUUAGUUGUUGUGUUUUUCAGAAAAAAAUGAGGAAAAUGAUACUCAACCUUUGUAUAUUUGACUGUAUCAUAAAGCAAAAGAUUGUGUGUUUAUGUAUGUUGUUACUAUCAAGGACAGGCACUGUCUAGAACGACUAUCUUUUACACAUCCUUACUUACACUUAAGGUGGUCAGUUCAGGACUGUUUUUUUAUACAUAUAUAUUAAAGCGUUUUUAAAUAUAUUAACUUUAUUUUUCAUCCAUCCUGUGCAAUAUGCUGUGUAGAAUUAUCAUGUAUUGUCUCUGAUCAUGCCAUAAACAAAGGAACCACCUUUUUUUUGAGACUCAGUGAAAGGGAGAGAACUCAUGCCAGCUAAACUGUGUCCAUUCACUGCCUGUCAGAUUGUUGAUAUAAACUUGUGUACAGAACUUUUUCAUGGAAGGAAAUAAAUAUCAGCUGGAACUGAAGCUCUAAAACUCUUGUCUCUUGAACUUU